AUGUGGGCGUCCUUAAACCUCGGGCUACUAAAAGAGAGCUCUAUGUCUCUAUUUCUAAAAUCGCAGUUCUGUACCAAAGUUCAAUGGCCCCCCAAAAAUAUCAAUCUCGAAGGCAACGUCGCCAUCGUGACGGGAUCUGCUAGUGGACUCGGACUUGAGGCGUCUCGACAGCUUUUGGAGUUUGGCCUAUCGGAAUUAAUCGUUGCUAUUCGGUCCAUCGAAAAGGGUGAGGGGGUUGCCUCAGAGUUACGCGCUCAGUUUCCUGAAGCCAACAUCCGGGUCUGGCCUCUCGAGAUGGAAUCGUACGAUAGCAUCCGAGCUCUGGUUUGCCGAGCUCAUUCAGAACUUCCUCGCUUGGAUAUUGCUAUUCUCAACGCGGGUAUGCAGACGGCCGAAUUAGAUAUAGUUCCUAUGACUGGCCACGAGAGGUUAGUUCAGGUAAACUUUCUGUCUACUAUGCUGCUGGCUAUUCUUCUCCUUCCGAUCCUAAAGGCCAAAUCAUCCCCAGGCCAACCAGGUCGACUUACUAUUGUCAACUCGGGCACCGCACGCGGUGCUAAGAUCUCCGAACCUCAGGGAACCACAGUCCUAUCUGCUCUCGAUGAUACAUCUCGACCGUGGAACCCUAUCGAACGCUAUGCUGUUAGCAAGCUUCUCGGGCAUUUGUUUAUUGUCAAUCUUGUACGGUAUGUUAACGCGGACCACGUAAUCGUCAACCUAGUGGAUCCAGGGUUAGUCAAAAAUACGGCACUACAGAGUUUUGCUCCGCCGAUUGUUGCUGCUUUCUUUUAUUAUUACAAGGCAGUCUUGGGGAGAUCGGUGCCGGUGGGCGCUUCUACCUACGUUGACGCGACAGUGGUCAAAGGAAAGGAGUCUCAUGGUUGCUUGGUGGCAAAUUGGAAGACUUCGUCAUUCGCUGCGUUUGUAUAUACGUCAGCCGGGGAGAUGAUUCGAGACCAGCUAUGGAAAGAUACGAUGAAGGAAUUUCAAUUUGCGGGAGUUCAAGAAAUACUGCACGAGUUAAGGAGGUAG